AUGGCAAAGAAACAGAAAGACGAAACGACGAAUGUGAACGCUACUGCGAACCGGGACAUCGUUCAGAGACUCAAUUUUCUUUAUCAAGCUAGCAUAUAUCUGCAAUCUGUAGCUCCUGGUCCAUCUAACAAAGGCAAGGCACGGGAGGACGGUAGAUCCGUGGACGCUAUGAACGUCGACGAGCCUCCCCAGGUCAAUACGGAAUCCACUUCGCAAACAGCUCGAAAAGCAUCACAAAAGGCUCGCAAACGGAAAGUGGGGGCUAAAAAAACCACUGCAGAUCUUGCGAGAAGUUACGUGAAAUGUAUGCGCGUGGUCGGGCAGAAAACCACAGUCAAAAUAGACCCGUCUUUAAAGCGUUCUCUGUGUUCAGGAUGCAGCUCAACUCUCGUUCCAGGUUCUAAUGCGUCAAUACGCGUCAAAAGUUCCUCUAGUCAAGGCAAUAUCCUGACGUACACCUGCCUUCACUGCGGAGCGUCUAAACGGAUACCUGCGCCUCCGAAUGGUGCCAUCGCUAGUCCUUCGCAAAACUCCAGUGCAACUCCAAAUGUUGCGCUUGAUAUGGAUACAUCUGCAACGAUAGAGUCUAAUGUUGUACCGCCAGUAUCUCUCGAAAGGCCUCCGCAAAUUUCUAACAAGAAGAAACCGCGCCGAUCUCGGGCCCUACCCCUUUUUGCGCGUCCUGAUGCCGGACAUGUCACUUUCCGAGGCAAUGAACGCCUACCUCUGGAUGAGAAAACCGGCUUUGGUGUCCUGCUCGGCUAA